UUAUGUCACUGUUCCUAACUUGACCGCGCUCUCGACCACGUCGUGUCUCCAUCCCCGGCUGCGGAGCGUCAGAGCGCUGGUCCUCCUCUGUGUCGGGAAGGCGUGUGGUAGGCUACACUGGCACGGAUUGACUAAACGCUGCUCCUGUGUUAUUUGCAGAAUCCAUCUCCCAGAAGCAUCCAGAGCUCCCCGGCUCAGAGGCAACAUGGGUUAGAAACAAGGCGAGCGACUUUGUGCACUUAAGCCAGAAUGAUGGAGGGGGAAACGGACUUGUUUUCACAGAGACAUCCUGAUAAAGACAGAGACUGAGUAGAGAUCGGGAAUCGCUGCCUCUCUGUCUCGUUUACCAUCUUUCUCCUUUGAUUAAGCUAUUUUUCCUGUUUUGUUUAGUUUUUUAUUUUGCCCCGCGUGUGUGCACAAUAGAGAUGCUUGCAGAACUGCUGUGCGGCGCCGUGGCUCUGGUCCUGUAUGUCAACACUCUGGACGCCGAUUUCUGCUACGAUGACAGCCGUGCAAUCAAGACCAAUCAGGACCUGCUGCCAGACACCCCCUGGACAAAUAUAUUUUAUGAUGACUUCUGGGGCACCUUACUCACACACAGUGGCAGCCAUAAGUCUUACCGGCCUCUCUGCACCCUCUCCUUUCGCCUCAACCAUGCUGUGGGUGGGCUGGAGCCCUGGGGUUACCACCUGGUUAAUGUGGCCUUCCACGGAGCUGUGACAGGCCUGUUUACGUUGCUGGCUCGCCUGCUGCUUGGAGGAGGCCUGUGGAGCCUGCUGGCUGGCCUGCUCUUUGCUUCACACCCCAUCCACACCGAGGCAGUGGCAGGCGUGGUGGGUCGCGCUGAUGAAGGUGCCGCCCUGUUCUUUCUGCUGUCCCUGCUGUGUUACAUACGUCACUGUAAGAUGCGGGGCCAUGCUAGGCCCUGGCAGCCAGCAGCCUGGUUCCUGGGCAGCCUGGGCUGCGCUGCCUGUAGCAUGCUGUGGAAGGAGCUCGGAGUGACCGUCCUUGCUUUGUCCGCCCUUUAUGAUGUCUGUGUUUUCCACAGGCUAAAACUGCGACAGGUUGUCAUGCUCCUCUAUAAGAGAACGAAUGUCCACCUGCUGCAGAACGUGUUUUUGCUGGCAGCCUGGGGAGCCAUCCUGUUAGCGUGCCGCUUCUACUGGAUGGGCAACAAACCCCCCAACUUCUCCAACUCUGACAACCCUGCGGCCGACUCCCCCUCACUCCUCACCAGGAUACUAACCUUCUUCUACCUACCUGCUAUCAACUUUUGGCUCCUGCUCUGCCCAGACACACUCAGCUUUGAUUGGUCAAUGGAUGCCAUGCCUUUGAUCAGGAACCUGGCUGAUUGGAGAAAUAUUCACACAGUUGUAUUCUACCUUGGAUUGCUGAUGUUGGCUUGGUUUGGCCUGUGUACAUACCACGGCAUGGCUAAGGGCAAGGACACCAAUGGCAAGGCACAUCAUUACACCAACGGCAGGAACGGCAGUAGUAAUGGACACAGUUACCAAUAUAAUGAUCAUGAGCAUAUGAACAAUUCCCACAUAGACGCUCAUACUAAUAGUGCACAAAAUGGUACCAAGAAGCACUGUGACAGCAGGACUCCACUGCCCACCACUGAAAAUAUUGUAGUGUUCUCUCUAGGCCUGUUGGCUAUCCCUUUCCUACCUGCCAGUAAUUUGUUUUUCUAUGUGGGGUUUGUGAUAGCAGAGCGAGUACUAUACAUCCCCAGCAUGGGCUUUUGCCUGCUGGUAGCAGUAGGGAUGAGGUCCCUCUAUGUCCGACUGCAGCGUGGGUCCUUCAGGACAAUGUUGGUGUACUGUAGCGCAGCCCUGAUUCUUCUUUUUGGUGUCAAAACUGUUUUGAGAAACCGGGACUGGCAGAAUGAGGAGAUGCUCUACAAAUCAGGGAUUUAUGUCAAUCCUGCUAAAGCAUGGGGCAACCUUGGAAAUGUCCUGAAGAGCCAGGGAAAGAUGGAUGAAGCAGAACAGGCCUACAGAAAUGCCCUCUAUUAUCGCAGCAACAUGGCUGAUAUGCUGUAUAACCUCGGUUUGCUGCUACAGGAGAACAACAAGUUCUCAGAGGCACUCCACUACUAUAAGCUGGCCAUUGGGAGCCGGCCAACUCUAGCUUCGGCUUACUUGAACACAGGCAUCAUCCUGAUGAACCAGGGUCGCCUAGAUGAAGCAAAACGCACAUUCCUGACCUGCGCUGAUAUCCCAGAUGAGAACCUGAAGGACCCCCAUGCCCAUAAGAGCUCAGUCACUAGUUGCUUAUACAACCUGGGCAAGUUGCUCCAUGAGCAGGGAAACCAGGAGGAGGCCCUCUCUGUGUUUAAAGAAGCAAUAGAGAAAAUGCCAAGACAAUUUGCACCACAGAGCCUCUACAACAUGAUGGGAGAGGCCUACAUGAGACUGAACAAGCUAAGUGAAGCUGAACAAUGGUACAGAGAGUCCCUGCGAGCCAAGCCUGACCACAUUCCUGCACACCUCACCUAUGGCAAACUCCUGGCUAUGACUGGGCAGAAAACAGAAGCGGAGAGGUACUUCCUGAAGGCAAUCCAGCUCGAUCCCACAAAAGGCAACUGUUAUAUGCAUUAUGGUCAGUUUUUGUUGGAAGAGUCACGGCUGCUGGAAGCAGCAGAGAUGGCAGAGAAAGCCGCACGUCUCGACAGCAGGGAGUUUGAUGUGGUCUUCAGUGCAGCCCAUAUGCUCAGACAAGCCAGCCUAAAUGAGGCAGCCGAGAAGUAUUACGGACAAGCAGCGAAUCUGAGACCCAAUUAUCCUGCAGCUCUCAUGAACCUGGGGGCGAUCCUCCACCUCAACGGAAAACUGCAAGAAGCUGAAGCCAAUUACCUUCGAGCACUUCAACUGAAACCGGAUGACACCAUCACCCAGUCCAACUUGCGCAAGCUGUGGAACAUCAUGGAGAAACAGGGCCUGAGGACCUCAAGCCCCUGAGCUCACCCUGCCUGCCUACCUGCCAUCUGUACGCCAGACCUGGGGAAAGGACAGCCCACACGCCCUCAUUCGCUCUUCUCAUCUGGAAGAAAUGGAGGAGACUUGGGAGGAUGUUCAAUCAGAGGUGCCAUGACUGUGCCGCACAGAACUCCUAAUGACUCCUGAGCUCUGCAUAACAGCUUUCCUCAGAAGCUUUUCUCAGAGUCCAAACGCUGUGCUAAGCUCUUUAGAACAUUCCUUAAAGUGAGUGCUGUCACAAGAAACAUGUCCUUCCUUUUAUAACUAAAACACUUAGAGUACACUUAAAGAGAGACCGUAGGUACGUCUUUCAACAUUUGUCAUGAUUUUUUUUUUUAAUAAGCAAAUGUAGUUCAAUAGAGUGAAGUUUGUCCCCAAGCAGUGCAACAUCAAAGUUAAAAGAGAAUCUCUGUACUGCACAGAGGAUAUUAAACAUUUAAUAAAGGUCUUGGUUUGAUCAGAUAUUCCAUCUUGAUAAUGAAGAAGACGAAGUGAUAUGAAAUACUGGACGCCAUCCAACAUCUCCAAAUUAAUCGCAUGAAUGAAGUUUAUAUCACUAAUCUCCAGUCUGUGUAGUUUUCUAUUUUUCUUUGUAACCUCAAUCGGCCACUUUGUUUUGCUCAUGAGAUUACACACACUUCAUAAGGAGAAGUGAGAAGGUUAUUGCAAACCAUUUGUAGCACAUGUCCUGACAUUUGGUAAAAACUUGAAAAAAGGGAAUUACACUUUUCAGCCAUUACAGCACAAGAAUGGCCUCUAACAGCUCCGCAAAGUGUGAACCUCGCCAAAAACAGUAAAACUCAAAAAGCAAAGUGAGUGGGGCCCUUUUAACAGUGUAAUGCCUUAUAAUAAAAGGUGUGAAUCUUAUUUACAUGUAGCUGUGUACAGUAGCAUGCAGGUGGCAUUUUUACCACUUGGUAAGAAGCCAGGUCACCACGGUAGUUAGUCAACAACAGCAAAAAGCUAUCGAUUGAAAUAUUAAGCAACCUUCCCAUGGAAGUCACAGACAACGAAGCAGCAGGUACAGUAGAAACAGAUGGAGUUCUUCUAACCAAAUACAAACACUAAACUGAUGCACACCUUUUUAUCAUGGAACAAUGCAUAGAUAUAGCAUGACUGAGGGAAAUGUUUUAAUGCCUAUAUUUGUGUUGGAAUAAAAACUAAUUUCAUUGUUUGUGUACUGUAAAUGAAUCCUAAUAUAUACCUAGGUACAUUAUUUGUUUUAUACAGAAAAUUAUGCAGCAAAAAAGAAGCCAGAUUUACAAUGGAAGCUCAG